AUGAGUGACUGUGUGGAGGAAGAGGAGGGCAGAGCAGAGUCUGCAGUGUCCAGCUGUCUGUCCAUGAAGAGUGACCGGUCUAGAUAUGAACCUCCAGCCUUCAGUGAUGAACCUGGACCUUCAGACACAAAGGACAGGAAGAGGAGUCGAGGUGAUGUGGAGGAGCAGCUGUCCUGCUGUGCUUUGUGUCAGGAGCUCCUGAGGGAUCCAGUCUCCACAAGCUGUGGACACUGGUUCUGCAGACAGUGCAUCACCUCAUACUGGGACCAGUCUGGUUCAGCAGGAGACUCUGCCUGUCCCCAGUGUGGAGAAAGAUCCAGAACAAGACCUGGACUGCAGACACCCAGUCAAACCAGCCCAGUGGACGGCGGUCUGCAGGAGGUUUUAGACAAGCAUAAGAUGAGUCUGAGGAGUAGAUGUAAAUCUGUGCCAGAAGGAACUGCUGCAGCAGGACGUGGAACCCCCCUCAACAGGAUCUACACUGAGCUCUACAUCACACAGGGACGGAGGGAAGAGGUUAAUACCCAACAUGAGGUGUGGCAGCUGGAGACAACAUCCAAGAUGGAGACCCUCCAUGACACUCCAAUCAAGCGCCAGGACAUCUUUAAACCCUUACCUGGCCAAGACACACCCAUCAGAGUAGUUGUGACGCAGGGCAUUGCUGGCAUUGGAAAAACCUUCUCAGUGCAGAAGUUCACUCUGGACUGGGCAGAGGGCUUGGAAAACCAACAUGUCAGUCUUGUGGUUCUGCUUUCGUUCCGGGAGCUGAACUUGAUCAAAGAUGAGCGCUACAGUCUUCUCCAGCUGCUCCGUGUUUUCCAUCCAACAUUACAGACGGUCACAGCAGAGAAGCUCGCCGUCUGUGAAGUCGUGUUCAUCUUUGAUGGCCUGGAUGAAAGCAGGUUUUUAUUGGAUUUCCAGAACAAUGAGGUCGUGUCUGAUGUCACACACACAUCAUCAGUAGACGUGCUGUUGACAAACCUCAUCAAGGGGACUCUGCUUCCCUCAGCUCUCCUCUGGAUAACUUCCAGACCUGCAGCGGCCCAUCAGAUCCCUCCUACAUGUGUCGACAGGGUAACAGAAGUGCGAGGGUUCACUGACCUCCAGAAGGAGGAGUACUUCAGGAGGAGAUCCAGUGAUGAGGAGCUGUGCAGCAGAAUCAUCUCACACAUCAAGGCGUCCAGGAGCCUCCACAUCAUGUGCCACAUCCCAGUCUUCUGCUGGAUCACUGUUACAGUUCUGGAGCACAUGUUGACUACAGACCAGAGAGGAGAGCUGCCCAAGAGCCUGACUGACAUGUACUCACACUUCCUGCUGGUUCAGACACAGAGGAAGAAGCACAAGUACGAUGAGAGACAUGACAGGAGUCAGCAGGACCUGAUGGAGACUGACAGGGAAGUUCUUCUGAAGCUGGGCAGGCUGGCGCUCAAACAUCUGGAGAUAGGCAACGUGAUGUUCUACCAAGAAGACCUGGAGGAGUGUGGUCUUGAUGUCACAGAGGCCUCGGUGUACUCAGGAGUGUGCACAGAGAUCUUCAAAACCGAGUGUGUGCUCUUUCAGAGAAAAGUCUACUGCUUUGUUCAUCUGAGUGUUCAGGAGUUUCUCGCUGCAGUCUACAUGUUCCACUGCUACACCUACGUGGAGACUCUGGAAACAUUUCUGGGAAAAGAUGGCAAUGGACAAUCCCUGGAUGUCCUCCUGAAGAGAGUCCUGUCUAAAGCCCUGAAAAGUAAAAAUGGUCACCUGGACCUCUUUGUCCGUUUCCUUCAUGGCCUCUCACUGGAGUCCAUCCAGAGGCUCUUAGGAGGCCUGCUGGGUUGGACAGAGAGCAGACCAGAAGACAUCCAGAGAGCCAUCAGCAACCUGAAGGAGAUGAACACUAAAGAUAUCUCUCCUGACAGAAGCAUCAACAUCUUCCACUGUUUGAUGGAGAUGAACGACCUCUCAGUGCAUCAGGACAUUCAAGAAUUCCUGAAGUCAGAGAACAGAUCAGAGAAGGAACUCUCUGAGAUCCACUGCUCAGCUCUGGUCUACAUGCUGCAGAUGUCAGAGGAGGUUCUGGAUGUUUUGGACCUGAAGGCGUACAAAACAUCAGACGAGGGACGACUGAGACUGAUCCCAGCUGUGAGGAACUGCAGGAAGGCUCGACUUUCUGGCUGUGGACUCAAAGAAACUCACUGGGAAAUCGUGGCCUCGGCUCUGGAGUCCAACCCCCAUCUGACAGAGCUGGACCUGAGCAACAACAAGCUGCAGGAUUCAGGAGUGAAGCUGCUGUCUGCUGGACUGGAGAGUCCAAACUGCAGACUGAAGACUCUGAGACUGAGUGGCUGCAGCUUGUCAGAGAGCUGCUGUGCUUCUCUGGCCUCGGCUCUGAAGUCCAACCCCCAUCUGACAGAGCUGGACCUGAGCUACAACAAGCUGCAGGAUUCAGGAGUGGAGCUGCUGUCUGCUGGACUGGAGAGUCCAAACUGCAGA